CCAGCAGACCCCCUUGUUGCCAAAAAUUGUUCGUCAGCCAAUGUUGAGAAACGGAGCAGCCUUGAUGUCACUUGCAGCCGCCAGACACACGACGCGUGCCAGCAGUGCCCCGCCAAUACAUCUCGGAGCUGCGGACAUGGCAACGACGGCGGCCCAAGCUGCCAGCAGAAGGCGACUUGUGUUUGUGAUAUGCAGGACAAGUUCCGAAAUGCUAUUUGGCAAUUUGACAAGAUCGUCCUCACGAGCCAAAAGGUCAUUCGGGCCGCCCAGCUGCUCUCCAUUCCCAUCUACGCGACGACGCAGAACCGGGCCAAGCUCGGGCCGACGGUGCCGGAGCUGGACGAGCUCCUGACGGCGGCAGGCCCGCUGGUGCGAGAGCACUCGGACAAGACGAAAUUCUCCAUGUGGACGCCGUCGGUGCAGCGGACGCUGGCGGCGCGCGACCUCGUGGGCGGCAACGGCAGCGGCAGGGUCACGGUGGCGCUGGUCGGGAUCGAGAGCCACAUCUGCGUGACGCAGACGGCGCUCGACCUCCUCGGCGCCGGGCACGGCGUCUACGUGCUCGCCGAUGGCGUCAGCAGCUGCAACAGCGAGGAGGUGCCGCUCGCCCUGGCCAGGCUGAGGGCCGAGGGCGCCGUCGUCACCAGCAGCGAGGCCUGGCUGUACGAGGUCAUGGGCGACGCCGAGAUCCCCGAGUUUAGGAACGUCGUGGGUCUAGUCAAGAAGACUAGCGCUGACACCGCUGACGUGCUGCAAGCGUUGAGGCCUGCCAGGAUGUGA